AUGGCUGCUACUUUUCUAAGGUCAAUAAUGUUACAAACCAUAAAGACUGAAAAUAACUGUCUUAGAAGAUGUUUGGGUAAAUACAUCGUGCAAAAGAUGGCAUUAGCACAGUUGCCCCUCUCUGCUUCUGUCCCAAGACUGUCCUAUCUAAUUCAUGCAAAAGCUUUUAGUACUGUUGAAGACUCCCAGCAUGAAAGAAAAAAGAGAAAAAAUAAUGAAACUGAUUUUAGUAACAUUGGAAGAAAAAUUAGUGAGCGAAUCAUUCAUGUAUUUGAUGAGAAGGGCAAUGAUUUGGGGAACAUGCACCGAGCAGAUGUGAUUCGACUUAUGGAUGAGCGAGACCUGCGACUUGUGAAAAGGAAGCCCAGCACAGACCCUCCCGAGUACCAGCUCAUGACAGGCUCACAGAUUCACGCAGAGCGGCUGAGACUGAGAGAGAGGGAAAAGGCUAGACCUAAAACUGGACCUACUCUGACAAAGGAACUAAUUUUUUCUUCAAAUAUCGGACAACAUGAUUUGGACACAAAGACUAAACAGAUUCAGCAGUGGAUUGAGAAAAAGUAUAAAGUUCAAGUUACUAUAAAGAAAGCAAAGAAUGCAGAAGAGCCAGAAAAUAAAACGGAGGAGCUGUUUAAUCAAAUCCUCCAGACUAUGCCUGGAAUAGCUACCUUCUCAUCCAGGCCACAACCUGUUCAAGGAGGAAAAGCUGUAAAAUGUGUUCUUCGUCAUUUGAGCGAAAAGGAAGAGAUUGCAUACAGACAAACUCAAGAGACCCAGGAAGGAAACCCUUUAAACAAAAAAAAUGAAAACGACAAAAAAUCAGAUAUUCUGCAUCAGUGA